AUGAGUAAUAAAAGAAAGCAUAAGGUUAAGCAAUAUAUAGAAAUUGAAAUUAAUGAAACAUAUAAGGAUACUCCAACUUCUAAGCAUGGAGAUAGUUAGAGCAACGAAUUGGAUUAAACUAAUAAUUCUAUUCAACAAUAAGAACCAGAAUAAAAAUAUAAAUUUAAUGUCAUACCUUUAAAAGUAAUAAUUUAUAAUUAAAUUAUAGGUUGUGACAUUAACUGUAUUUCUUUUUAUAUUAGGUGUUAUUUUUGUUAUUUUUGGAUUGAUAUUUUUAAUAAAGAAUCCAAAAAAAAUUCAAUAAUACCUUUCUCUCUUGAUAGUAGGUAGUUUAAUGAUAAUUCCAGGAUUAUAUUAUAGUUGCUUAUUAAUUAAAUUUAUUAAAGCAGAUUCUAGAUCGAUUUAAGAAAAGAUCCUAAAUGAACUUCCAAUAGAUUGA